CUGCGGUGGGGCCCGCGCUGACUGGCGGUGGGGCAGGGAGCUGGGGCUGAGAGGCUGCCAUCAGGCCCCCCGCCGCCGCCAUGCACCAACACUACACCGUCCACUUCGCCAAGGGCGCCCUGCCCUCUCGGACCCCCACCGAGCGCUACUUCUUGGACCCGGAGCUGGGGAGCCAAAAAGGAUGCUGUCUCCAGUGGUGCCGUGACCCAGCGGCGCUUCCAGCCCACGGGCCCUAUCGGCUGCCCCCACAGGUGCGCUGGCAGCUGGCCUACCAGAGCCACCAGGGGGGUGUCGGCGGCUGCCUCCCCGGCCCCCGGGCCCCCAGCCUGCAGCAGCAGCGGCACCCCCAGCCCCCACCUCCCAGCCCCCUGCGGCAGCGGCUCUGCUCCGUUCCAGGGCCCCAGAAGGGGCCGCCUGCGACCGCCGCUGUCCCCGCGCAGCCGGCGCCCAGGCCCACCAUGUCACCGGCCACCGCGGCACCUGCCCCGGCCAGCAGCCGCCCGGCCCCGCCCCCUGCAGCCGGCAGCCUCCUGGAGCCCAGCAGGCCCAGUGACGCCCGCCCCCUGCCGGCCCCCGCAGCCUGCGGCUCCUUCACCUACAGCUCCGAUAUCCUGACAGAAGAUGACGUCUACUGCAGCUGCCUGGCCAAGACCCUCUGCCAUGUGCCCGUGCCUGUGACCGUGGGGUUCUAUGCCCCCUUUGGCUGCCGUCUGCACAUGAUGCUGGACAAGAUCACUGCGCUGAUGCAGCAGGAGGCGGCGCAGCGCGAGGCCGAGGAGCUGCGGCGCGUGCAGCGGCAGCCGCGGGGGGUGCGCGGCUGGGGCUUCCCGCGGCUGCUGUGGUACCUGGUGUUCCUGCAGCCCGUCAUCACCGAGGUGCACCUGCGGCGCAAGAACGUCAAGUUCCUCUUCAUCCGCUUCAGCGCCUGGCAGUACGCGGGCACCGACAAGCUGUGGGCCGGCCUGGUGACCACGCUGUGCGAGGGCAUCCGCCACCAGUACGGCGCGCUGCCCUUCAGCGUGUACUCGGUGCUGGGCAACAAGCCGGCCACGACGCCGGGCUUCUGCCGGCGCGAGUGGCACUGCCGGCGCCGCGUGUGCCUGGCGCUGCUGGCGCUGCUGGCGGCGCUGGGCCUCGGCGUGGGCCUGCUCUACCUGUCGGUGGGCGCCCGCGCGCCAGGCCACAGCGCCGCCGGCGGCAGCCUGCUCCGGGUGUUCGGCGGCGCGGCCACCACGCUGUCGGGCUCGGGGCUGCUCAUGGCCGUGUACUCGGUGGGCAAGCACCUGUUCGUGAGCCAGCGCAAGAAGAUCGAGCGGCUGGUGUCGCGCGAGAAGUUCGGCAGCCAGCUGGGCUUCAUGUGCGAGGUGAAGAAGGAGGUGGAGCUGCUCACCGACUUCCUGUGCUUCCUGGAGAUCUACCAGCGGCGGCGGCUGCGCGUAGUGCUCGAGGUCACCGGGCUGGACACGUGCUACCCGGAGCGCGUGGUGGGCGUGCUCAACGCCAUCAACACGCUGCUGUCCGACAGCCACGCGCCCUUCAUCUUCAUCCUGGUCGUGGACCCCAGCAUCCUGGCCGCCUGCCUCGAGAGCGCCGGCUCCAUGAAGGGCACGGCCGACAACGGCUACCUCUUCCUCAACCGCACGGUCACGCUGCCCUUCUCCGUGCCCGUCAUGGGCCGCCGCACCAAGCUGCAGUUCCUGCACGACGCCGUGCUGAGCCGCGACGACCUGCUGUACCGCGAGAUGACGCGCAAGCUGCAGCCCGGCGGCGGGGGCGGGGGCGGCGAGGUGGCGCGGCUGCUGGCGGUGGAGACGCAGGCGGACGGCGAGCGCGCGCAGAGCCAAGUGGACGCCGAGGCGGCGCGCCGCAUCCAUGAGGCGCUCUUCUGCCUGCAAGACGAGCGAGACUGCCUGUACGAGUACGUGCCCGACAACGUGGUGUCCAUGCGGCGCAUCGUCAACACCGUGCCCAUCACCGUGCGCCUGCUGCAGCAGCAGCACGCGGGCUUCGGGGGCCCCACGCCGCGCCAGGCUGUAGCGUGGGUCGUGCUCGCCAACCAGUGGCCUUGCCGCCUCAGCUGGGCGCUGCAGUGCCUGGAGGACCGGCAGCAGGCGGGGGGCGCGCCCGAGGCCCGCGCGCGCCUCUGGGACGUGUUCUGCGACAACAGCCGCGAGCUGCACACCAUGACCAAGGCGCUGCAGAACGUGCUGGACUUAGACGGCGACCCCGAGCUCUUCGAGCGCUUCCUGGGCGCCGACUUCCCCUUCACCGUGGCCGAGGCGCAAAGCCUGCUGCGUUGCACCGUCAACCUGGACCACUCGAUCCGCCGCCGCAUGGGCCUCCUCCGGGCGGUCAGCGCGCUCAAGCCGCCCAGCCCGCCCAGGUCACCGGCGCGCGCCGCGGCCCACGCGGCCAACGGCGCCGGACACGCCCCCGCGCACACGCGCGACUCCCACCACCCCGGGGACCCGGCGGCGGCGCCCGGCGGCAAGCCAAAGCAGGUGGCCUGAGCACCCUUACAGCCCAGGCGGGCCUUGAAAGGGUACCCUGGGAGCGGCGGGAGGCGACCGCGCCCACGUCCGCCCGGACUCGAGUGUAAGGGGUUCGACGGGGCCCACGGCCCGUGUCUGGGAUGAGGCCCGCGGUGGCCACCCCCCACCCCACAAGGCGAAUCUGUGAGCCAGAGAGAGCUGCAGGCAGGCGCAGUGGGUCGGUGCCAGUGUCUGGAAGCUGGCGCCAGAGGACCAGUGAAGAAGCCCGGGUUCAAGUGCAAUAAAUGGAGAUG